AAUUCUUGGAACUGAACUCAUAAAGUCAAACCCACUGGACUUUUCCCCGCUCCAGUUUUCCAGAUAACGUGAAUCACAUUUCCUCACCACUUUAAGCUCACGACUCUGUGACUUGCAGUCUUCAUUGCUUUGUGUUUGCUUUUAUAAAACACAUCUGACUAUUUAAGGACGGCUUACAAGUGCUUCUUUCAGUCUUUCGGAGUAAGGUAGACGUAUCGCAUUGAUUAAAUUCAAGUUACUUCUCCGUUACUUUUUUCUUCUUUUUUUUCCACAAAACUGUAGAAGCAUACAUAUUUCAUUAUAGUUUGGACUCUUUGGAAUUAUUCUGCCUUUUACAUUAGUUAGGUUUACUUUUCAAAACAGAAAAAGAAUACCGGUCUACAGGAUUUAACUCAAGCUUCUGUCAUGAUUCUUUGUGUACAAGGCCACAGAACCCUGCUGCCAGCUCCCGUCAACAACGUGCCUACGCUGACCAUGCGGGCAGAGUCGCACCAUGGGUUCCAUUCCCCGGCGUCGCUGCAUUGUGCCACCCAGCUAUGGGACCAAGCAAAGGACUUGAUCUCCAUUGCUCAGACUUUGCAGUACUUGAACGCCUCAGGUUGGUACUGGGGGCCCAUUUCAGCAGGAGAGGCCCGGACCAUGCUGCAGGACACCCAGGAGGGGACCUUCCUCGUGCGGGACAGCAGCCACCCCCAGUAUAGGCUGACCUUGUCAGUAAAGACAGGACGUGGCCCCACCAACGUGCGCAUUGAGUACAGUGAGGGCCAGUUUCGCCUGGACUCUAGCAAGCUAGCCAAGCCACGGCUGCAGGCUUUCCCCGACGUGCCCAGUCUAGUGCAGCACUACGUGAAAUCCAACCGUACAGAAGAGGACAGCCAAGGCCACACCCCCAGCCCCACCCCGCCACUGCCCACGCCCAAGGAGAAUGCACUGCUACUGAAACUGGUCAAACCACUGCUACGAUCACCAUGCCCCUCCCUACAGCAUCUAACACGCCUUGCCAUCAACCGCCUCACUCCUUGUCCAGACCAGCUGCCUUUGCCUCGCCCACUUUUGCUCUACCUUAAGGACUAUCCUUUCCAACUGUGAGGGUCUUGGCACCUCCUCCCCCAAGCCUGUGGAACACUGAGCAUUUCGGUCUUACGUCACGUUCUGUGAGGGCACAGGACUAACGCAGGGUGUGGAGACAGGCGUCUGUUUUAUGGGAACACUGCUGGGCAGAUUCCAGAGAGGACACUUGACUGACACUGUCUCAGACGUUAAUUUGGUCAUAUUUUAAUUCUCUGUGAAGUGUAGCUUCGUCCAUGUCUUACACAAAAAAGCCACAAUACAAUUGCACAUCAUGGACAUAAAGCUGGACUCAAUAUUACCUUAUCUAUUCCACCUGUGCCUCCAUUGUUGUCUUAUAAAAUGGUUCUUUGUGAAGACCUUUCUGGUUUUUUUUUCUCCAAUCAGUUAGGAUUCAUGUGAUUUUUUUAAAAAUCCCACUGUGUGGGUGUUUGUACAUAACUGUAUCUUUGUAUUUUUUAGUAAAAAUGAUUCACAUGAA